UACGUGGUGCAGGCAGCUCGCACAAUGCUGCUCCCAGGAGCUGCUCCCAGGGCUGAGACCCCAGGGUGAGGGGGACCCCCCCAGUGACCCCACAUCAUGAGGACCCACUGCAAGCUCCUGGCCAGCCUGCUGUGUCUGGGGGGCAUCCUCCUCCUCUAUCUGUACCUGGCAAACACUGGGGACCCUGCUGUGAGAGGGACCCCAAAACCCAAUGUGCCAGCCCCUUCCAGACUUGGUGGGGUGCAGCCCCCCACCAGCAGCUACUUCAGAUCCGUGGAGGGGCACAAACCCAGGAGAGAUACCCACCUGAAGAAGAAGAAGAGGAGAGAUGAGAAGGCUAUCGGGUCCGAUGCCAGAACCAAGGAGCAAAAGAAGCGGCCGGUGGUGCCCCCCGAGUGGAUGCAUCUUGCUGUGGUGACGUGCGGGGACCGCGUGGAAGAAACGGUCACGAUGCUGAAAUCAGCGGUACUGUUUAGUAUGAAAAGGAUCAAAUUCCACAUCUUUGCAGAGGACUCUUUAAAAGCAGAUUUUGAAACUAAGUUUAAUGAAUGGCCGCCCACCAAAAAGUACGAGUACACCAUUUACCCAAUUACGUUUUCGGUAGGAAAUCCAGAGGAAUGGAAGAAACUCUUUAAGCCCUGCGCAGCCCAGCGUCUAUUUCUUCCGAUGAUCCUGCAGGACGUGGAUUCCUUGCUGUACGUGGACACAGAUGUUUUGUUUCUGCGGCCGCUGGAUGACAUCUGGGCUUUUCUGCAUCGUUUUAAUGACUCCCAGCUGGCCGCCAUGGCCCCGGAACACGAGAUCCCGAAGAUUGGCUGGUACAGCCGCUUCGCCCGGCACCCUUUCUACGGAAGCACCGGCGUCAACUCUGGAGUUAUGCUCAUGAACCUGACUCGCAUUCGAAAAACGCACUUCAAGAAUAACAUGAUUCCGACCGGCCUGACGUGGGAAGAGAUCUUGCAUCCGUUGUAUCAGAAGUACAAGAAUUACAUCACGUGGGGCGACCAGGACCUGCUCAAUAUUAUUUUUCAUUUCAAUCCAGAGAAGCUCUUCGUAUUCCCCUGCGAAUGGAAUUACCGUCCCGACCACUGCAUGUACGGAAGUAAUUGUAAAACGUCGGAGGAGUAUGGCGUGUCCAUUCUCCACGGGAAUCGCGGCGUGUAUCACGAUGACAAGCAGCCGGCCUUCAAAGCCUUUUAUGAAGUCAUACGGGACUACCCAUUUGACGGCAAUCUCUUUCAGUCUAUGUAUUACCCGCUCCAGACGAAGUUUCUGGAGAGUGUGCACACGUUAUGCGGAAGGAUCCCCCAAGUAUUCCUAAAGCAGAUUGAGGAGACCAUGAAGAAGGUCUACGAGAGGCGAGUCGUCGUCCAUCGCGGGGGCCGCGUAAGAAACUGAAAACCUUCUCGAGCUUCUACAACAGAUCACUAUGGGGUCUCCUUAAAUUAUUUUUUAUAAAGAAAAAAAAACUUUCUUCCAUUCCUGGAAAAGAUAACGUCAGUAUUUUCACUUUUUUAUAAAGUACUUUUAGAAUUAAAAAUAGGUUUUGGAUUCCAAAUCUCUUAACUGUCCACCAGUGGCCACGUAGUGUCGUGUCUCUCGCUUUUUGGCCUUCCGGUAGAUGACAAAAAAAAACUACACAGAUUUCAAUUUGACCAAAGAAGACGACGUGGACCCCUUUUUCUGGUGACCAGAGGCGUAAAACGCUGAUCUUUCCUCUUGUUUUCAGGGAAGAAUCCGAGGAAAAGACUUUAUUUUUAAAGUUUAUUAAAGUCAUUUAUAUAUGA